CUGACUGCAUCUCGCACUGAAAAAUAAUGCAUCUGAACGUCUCUACACUACUAUUUAUUAUAAUUAACGGAAUGUUGGCAUUAUCUCACCAGGGAAGGAAUCUACAGCCACAUAUGCCGAAUGUGUGUGUGGAGCGUGAGGUAAUGCUGGUGGCUCAGAGGCAGCCGUGUAUCCAAGCCUUCACACGAAUGGUGAAGGUGUGGAAACAGGGCUGUGCUGGACAAAGCAGCUGUCUGGGGUAUGAAAGGAGGACUGCCUAUUACACAGCUUACAGACAGGUGUACAGACAGGACUACCAGGCUGUGUAUAAGUGUUGCCCUGGCUGGUCUCAGCUUAAUGGAGAGGCUGGCUGCCUGUACCCGGUCUGCAGCUAUGGUGUGUGUUUCAAUGGAGGACAAUGUGGACAAAGCUCCUCCCAGCUCUGUGACUGCCCCGCUGGCUUCAGUGGACCCAGCUGCCAGUACGAUGUGAACGAGUGUGAGGAGACCAACGGCGGCUGUGAGGCUCUGUGCUGCAACACCAUCGGCAGCUUCUACUGCAAAUGUCCCAAUGGCCAGCAGCUGAAGGAGGAUGGGAGGACCUGUCAGGAUGUUGACGAAUGCCAAGUCCACAAUGGAGGCUGCCAGCACACGUGUGUGAACACCAGGGGCUCAUACCACUGCGAGUGCAACCCAGGGUCACGGCUACAUGUCGACGCCCGCACCUGCAUCGCGGUGCACUCCUGUGCAGUCAGUAAUGGGGGCUGUGAGCAGGUGUGUGUUCAGCUGAGCCCUGCAAAGUUCCAGUGCCGCUGCAGACACAACUACGAGUUGGCCCAGGACGGCAAGCACUGCACCUUGCGCAAAGUGUGUGAAGACAAGAAUGGGGGCUGCAUGCAGCGCUGUCGGAACGAGGGGGGCCGGGUGCACUGUGAAUGCCACCCUGGAUACAGGCUGGCUGCGGACGGCAAGGCCUGCCAAGAUAUUGAUGAGUGCCGCACAAGACAGGCAUCCUGUGCCCAUGGCUGCCGAAACACUCCAGGCUCCUUCAUCUGCACCUGUGACCUCGCCCAUGAGCUGGGUGCAGACGGUCGACAGUGCUACCGUAUCGAGAUGGAGAUCGUCAACAGCUGUGAGACUGAGAACGGUGGCUGCUCUCACCACUGCCAGCACUCCACCAAUGGGCCUGUCUGCAGCUGUAACCGUGGCUACCAGCUGGGAGGCGACUUCCGAACAUGCGUGGAUGUGGAUGAAUGCGGAGCAGGAAAUUCUUGUUGUGUGCAGGAAUGUACCAACUACCCAGGGGGGUAUGAGUGUUACUGCAGGGCAGGAUAUCGCCUCAAUAAAGAUGGAUGCGGCUGCGAUGACGUGGACGAGUGUCUCUCAGAGAACGGAGGGUGUGAGCACACCUGCGAGAACAGCGCCGGGUCCUUCCAGUGUGUCUGCAACCGGGGCCACGGCCUGGACGAAGACCGGCGCUCCUGUCUGCCCCUGGAAGGGGCAGUAGAGGCGCUGGGCAGUACCAUGGGGGAGCCAGACAGGCCCAGGCUUCAGCUGACCCUCCUGCAGGACUCCAGCCAGGGCCCCGGGCGCUACGGAGACGAUGAGGAGGAGCCGGUGCAGCUGGGAGACCAGCGGGCGGAGAGCAUCCUGGCAGAGAAGUUUGUUUGUCUGAACCACACCUUUGGCCAUGACUGCAGCCUGACCUGUGAAGACUGCUCCAAUGGUGGGAGCUGCACUGUGGGGCGAGAUGGCUGUGACUGUCCCAAUGGCUGGACUGGAGUCAUCUGCAACCAGACCUGCCCCGAGGGGUCGUUUGGCAGGAACUGCUCCUCCUCCUGCCAGUGUAAGAACAGCGCCCCGUGUGACCCGGUGAGCGGGGUGUGUCGCUGCCCCCCGGGAGUGAGCGGGGUCCUGUGCCAGGAUGGCUGCCCCAAAGGCCUGUACGGGAAGCACUGCAAUAAGAAGUGCAACUGCGCCAACAACGGCCGCUGCCACCGCACCUACGGAGCCUGCCUGUGUGACCCCGGGCUCUACGGACGCUUCUGCCACCUGCAGUGCCCUAAGUGGGCGUUUGGGCCCGGCUGUUCAGAGGAGUGUCAGUGUUAUCAGCAGAACACCCUGGAAUGCCAUCGUCGUCAUGGCACCUGCAUGUGCAAGCCCGGUUACCGUGGUGAGGCCUGCAAGGAAGAGUGCAGUGUGGGAUUCUACGGGCCUGGCUGCAAGCAGAAGUGCAAGUGUCCGUCGGGCGAGGUGUGCAAUCAUGUGACCGGAGACUGCCAGCGUCAGUGUCCUGCCGGCCGGACCGGAGACGACUGCAGUCAAGAGUGCCCUGAUGGGAGUUUCGGGGUGGGGUGCACCCAUUCCUGUGACUGUGCCGGGUCUGUGUGUGACAAGAUGACCGGCCUGUGCCACUGCCCUGCCGGCACCACUGGGGGGCGCUGUGAGAAAGUAUGUUUAGACGGGUAUUGGGGUCAGGGCUGUAAGGAGCUGUGCCCAGCCUGUGAGAACGGAGGAGUGUGUGACAAACAGAACGGCACCUGUCACUGCCCUCCUGGGUACAUAGGCAGGCUGUGCCAGAACGUGUGUCCGGCCGGGCGGUUCGGCCUGGGAUGUCAGCUGCGGUGCGUGUGCGAGGGCGGCGGGCGGUGCCAUGCGGUCAGCGGGCGCUGUACCUGCGGCCCGGGCUGGACCGGGCACGGCUGCAGGAGAGCGUGUGACGCCGGGCGUUGGGGGCUGGGCUGUGCCGCCGUCUGUGACUGCAGGAACGGUGAUGGCGGUUGUGACGCGGUGACAGGGCAGUGCCUGUGUGAGCCUGGCUUCACCGGGAGCCGCUGUGAUCAGAAGUGCCCUCUGGGCUCCUUUGGUUCGGGCUGUCGGCACCGGUGCCGGUGUGACAACCAGGCAGCGUGUGACCACGUAAGCGGAGCCUGCACCUGCCUGCCAGGCUGGACUGGAACGUUCUGCGAGAAACCCUGUCCUCAGGGGUUUUUUGGCCUGGAAUGUUGGGAGAAGUGUCCGUGUCUGAACGGAGGGCGCUGUGAUCACCUGACAGGGGCGUGUCUGUGCCCCGCUGGCUGGGCUGGCCCACAGUGCAACAGGACAUGCCAGACUGGUUACUAUGGCGAUGGCUGUAACCAGACCUGCAGUUGCCACAACAACGCCAGCUGCCACCCGGAGAGUGGACAGUGCCAGUGUGCACCAGGCUGGACCGGACCAGGCUGCCGGCAAGCAUGCUCGGUUGGAUUUUAUGGGGCGGACUGCAGCCAGCGCUGUCUGUGCCAGAACGGGGGCGUGUGUGAGCGGGCCAGCGGGCGCUGUGUGUGUCCUGACGGGUGGACCGGAACAGCCUGUGAGCUGGAGUGUGGUGAGGGCGAGUUCGGGCCGGACUGUAGGCAGAGGUGUGCGUGUGAGAACGGGGGACGGUGCAGUCAGCAGAGCGGUCACUGCGUCUGCCGUCCGGGCUGGGUCGGGGACCGCUGCCAGACAGCGUGUGAGGCGGGGCGGUUUGGAGCGGGGUGCGGUGAGCACUGUGUGUGUGAGCACAGCGCCCCCUGUCACCACGUCACUGGAGCCUGCGUGUGCUCUCCUGGCUGGAGGGGCACAGUGUGUGACAGAGCCUGUCUGCCCGGCACGUUUGGGGAGGGCUGUGCGCGACGCUGCUCCUGUCCCCCAGGCACUUCCUGUCACCACGUGUCCGGAGAGUGUGGCUGCCCCCCCGGGUUCACAGGCAGCGGCUGUGAGCAGACUUGUCUGCCUGGUACCUUUGGACUGAACUGUAAUGAGGUUUGCCAGUGCUCAGAAGCUAACCAGCACUGCCACCCAGUGACGGGGCUCUGCUACUGCGCUCCUGGCUACCAUGGGCCAGGCUGCCGACUUGAGUGUGAGGAGGGCCGCUACGGGCCCAACUGUGAGCGUCAGUGCCAGUGUCUGAAUGGAGGAGUGUGCCAGCGUACCACAGGAGCCUGCCACUGCCCACCUGGGUACAUCGGAGCCCACUGCAACACCACAUGCCCGGCUGGCCAUUACGGAGAGGACUGUGCCCGGUUGGUGCUUUGUGCUGGGGGGGCCAGGAACGACCACGUCACUGGCAGGUGUGUGUGUGGCCCUGGACGGAGAGGAGACAGCUGUGAACAAGGCUGCGCUGUGGGCUGGUUUGGACAGGACUGCGCUGAGCGCUGUAACUGCAGUAAUGGAGGAGUGUGCGACUCGGUGUCUGGGGUCUGCCUCUGCGGUCUGGGCUGGACUGGAUCUCACUGCGAGAGCACUUGCCCACUGGGGCGAUACGGACCGCACUGCCGGCACCGGUGCGACUGUCGGAACAAUGCAACAUGUGACAGAGUGACGGGAACGUGCCAGUGUGGCCCUGGCUACUACGGACAUCGCUGUGAACACAUGUGCCCCCCUGGUUUUUUCGGCUCUGGUUGCCAGCUGCCUUGUGAGUGCAGGAGUGGUGUCCCCUGCCACCCAAGUUCUGGCCACUGCAUCUGUCCUGCAGGAUACCAGGGUCCUCGCUGUGAGAGAGUUUGUGAAGAGGGCCGGUUUGGGGAGAGCUGUGCCAGGUCAUGUGACUGUGAUGGAGAUGCCCCAUGUGACCCUCUGCGUGGCAGAUGCCUGUGCCCCCCAGGGAAGACUGGAGCCAGGUGUGAUAUAGAUUGCAGGGUCAGUUGGUACGGCCCUAACUGCGCUCACAGCUGUGUGUGUGAGAACGGGGCGCAGUGUGACCCCAGGAACGGCCGCUGCACCUGCCUUCAGGACUGGAUCGGACUCAGCUGUCAGGAAGGGGGGCCCCCUCGCCAGCCUGACAGAAGUAGGAGAUCGGACGGAUCGCAUCGAGGAAACGCCGUGUAGCGCCUACCGUGUGACUGACCUACGUAGCCUCCCACUCUCACAGGGGCACAGAAUCCAGGCCACGCUGAACCAGAGAGCUGCAUUACGCUAAACACACACUUUUAAGUAUAGAGGUCAGACUGCACUCCGCCAGGGGGUGGCGCUGCAGAUCCAAGCGGCCCAAGGACCUGGAGAACGCUAAUGCUGGACUGAAGCUGCUGUCAAGCAGCGUGUGUGAGAGCAAGGCAGCCUCUAUAGACCUCGGAAGAUUUUGUGCACCUCCAUGGGAAGACAUGCAAUCUGUGAUAUACAUACCGAUUGACUACACUUCUAACGCACACACAUACGAAGACUCAUAUGCACAAACAUAGAGUGAGCUCCAUACUGUUUGGGACUGAAUAUGCCGGUGAUGGUCCUAGGUUCCAGGGCCAGGUCCUCAGUAUUAUUCUGUGGGAGAGAUACCACACCCUGCUGGCAGGGGUCAAGGGUCAGAGUUCAGGGUUCAGGUUGAAAAAAUAAUGAAUAGUGGCUUUUAUUUCAGAUUAUUUCUCUGUCUGUAUGGACAAUUACAUUAUUCUGAAGAGGAUGUGCAAGAAGAAUGGGUUUAAAGGAAGACAUUUCAAGAGAGUGAAAUAUUCACUGUAUUUUAUAUUUUAUAGGUGGAUAUACCCAUCGUAUACCUCUAACUUCCAUUCAGUGGCACUCUUUCAAUCAUACUUGACAACUUUUUAAAUCUUCAUUCUCCUGAUAUCAGUCAUUGCUGUACAUAUUCCUUUGAUAAUAUCAUCAUUAUCAUUUUAGCUGAAGUAUGGAUUAGUGUAGUAUUCAGUAUAUUUAUGAAUGUGCAUACUGUCCUUUAUGUAUGUACACAUAGAAAAUUAUCACUGGUCUUACAUAAUCGUCGACCCCGAACGCAAUUCAGGCAAAGAAAAUUCAUAUAUUACACAAGAACAGAAUAGACUACAGUGUUUGCCUUUGACAACACACUGUGUAAAGAAUAUGCCAACCUAAGCCAAUCUGUUUCAUGGCAUACAGUUGUAUGUUGUGUGUCUCAUACCAAACUCCAUGUGCUUUGGUCUGUCACUUUUCCCUGGUUCAUGAGGUACGAGUUACUUGUGGAACUGAAUAUUAUGUACAUGGGGUACUGCUGUUGCAGCCUUUACUGUACAGGCCUGUGUUAAAUUUACAUUAAGCCUGUGCUCAGU